AUGGCCGCCGCAUCCGACGCCGACGGUGUCGGAGGUAGCGACUCUUCAGGGAUUCGAGGUCACUCUCGCCAGGCUGCUUUCGCUUCUCCGUCUCCACAGGAAAGAAGAGCUGCAGACAGCAGUGUUAUGAGGCGCUUCUAUCGUUCACUACCUGCGGAGCAAAGCGACGCAUGCCUCUUUUCUCAGCAGACAGCAGUGCCGAGCGCAUCCCCAGCCCGAGGCCCCACCCAGGCGGACGCCUCGGGUGUACAUACAUCUCAGCAACCGCGAAGCUCGUAUGUUGCGUCGUGUGGAAACUGGAGCGACUUGGACUUUUCUUCGGUCGUCUGGACUCGCCCGCAGCUCGCGUCUCCUCGGAUGUCCACUCUCGGUGGGAAUGCGUCACAUCCGUCGUCUUCUUCUCCUUUUCCCUCUCCGCUUCGCGGUUUCUGCAGCUGUCUGAAGCGCAUUCGAAGACGCGUCUUCUUCUGCACCUUGAAGACCCACUCAGAGUGCGCCUGGCCGUCGCGACGCCUGAAUGUGUGGCUGUCCCGUCUCGGCGACCGCGUCGCCUUUUACAUCGUUGAACACCCUGACUUCUUCCUCAAGCGCGCCGGGGUUUGCGGAGUUCUUCUUUUUCUCCUCACUCUUGUGUCUGCAGGAAUCUCGUUCGGAGUGCCGUACCUCGACCCCAACGAGACGCUCCGCGUAGACCUGGAAAAAGCUGGUUGCGCGUCCGCGACAACACCAUCUUCGCUGUCGGUGUUCUUUGAGGGGAACACCACCGCGCUUCCAGGCCACGUUGGGCGACUCGGCGGUGUCGAUCGGUUGCUGUCGGAGACAGGUUCUCGUCAAGAUGCUGCUGACCAAUCCGCGCCUCACUCGGUCCUUCCCGAAGCACUCCACACACAAAACGCUCUUGUAACAGAGACUGCGUUACCCCUGUCAGACGCCUCAUCUAGUCUCUCAGGCUCUGGAACGACUCUCGCGCCUCUCUCCCCUGCCGCUUCCCUGCGUCCUUCUUCUGCUUCUUCUUCUCACGACUCUGGCGGUCAUGCGAACCUCCUUGCUGCAUUCUUUUCUCCGUCUUCGUCUCUUGGCGCGUUGCAGCUCUUUCCUCCAUGGGCGUCUUCAGACAAUACAGGAACAGCUGAACCGGAUGUUCGACUUGUCAACACAACCACCCCGCUUCCUUCCUCCGCUGUCACCUCCUCUCUUCCCUCUGUCUUUCCAGCUCAGGGUGUCUCUCCUGCCGCCUCUGGUGGCGUAGACAGGGAAGCCCAAGCUAGCGCUCUGAGCGUAGACGCCGCAGAGCCUGGCUGCUGCGGAGACAUAAGGACACCGGCUAGCUGCAGAGACACUGGCGGACCAGCUAGCGGAGACUCGUGGGGACGUCGUGUCUUGGAGUGGCUAGCAGAGGCGCUGCAGGUCCGGUAUGUCGCAGGCGCCUCUCUUUUUCUCCCGCAGACAGGGGAGGCUCGACAGAAAGGCGAGAAGAUGAAACAACUGUUUGGAGAGGACCGACGCUUGACGACUCUGCUUUAUGUGAAUGAAGAGGCAAUGCACAGACGCCGAGAGGAGAGAGCUGAGAUCGGGGGGAGACUCGAGAAAGCGAGAGACGAAGAGGAUGCUGGAACCCGCGAGGACGUGAGGCAGGGGACUUCUCUCCCGGUUUCCAGAAGGACGAGAAAGGUUGUUGUCGAGACAGGGAAAGCCACUGAUGUCGCUAGUCGCAGAGAGAGGAGACGUGAUAGUGAAUCUGCCUCAUGGUCUCUCGUCGGCGAGUCUCAGAAUGCGAUGAGUGGAUCGGGCCAGCGUGGCAGGGGCACAGAAGGAGCAGUGAACGCGUCUCUACCAGAGGUGGCCCCCGACGUGUCUUCUGUGGCUUAUCCGCUUUCUCCUCCGAACACGGAGACACCUGUCGACAUAUCUGACUCGCGGACACUAGCCGGAGCUGGGGAGGAGGCGGGGAGCAACGACGACACAGCAGCGAGAGCUACGCCCUCUUUCCCAACGCCACCGCGGAGGCAGCAGGCCCUCGCUGUACAUACACAAGAGGCAAGAAGGCGGCGUUUGUCGGGCGAACCUGUUGUCUUCUCUUUUGAGUCAGGAGAGGACGGAGAAGCAUUUUCAAGUGGGGCUGACCUUCGUGCUCCGCCUGCUAGCAAUUCUUCCCUGUCCUCGGGAAAGGAGCUCUUCAACCAACUCCACCAUUCUGCGUCUCCGUCAUUUCCUCCUUCUUCUUCCUCUGCUUCUUCUCCGUGUUCUCUUUCGUCUGCGUCUGUUUCUGAGUUGGCGCCUAGACCUGUGCCGACUGAGGGCCUUUUGUCUCGCGAGGUUUUGCGGGAGAUCUGGGCUUCCCAGAAAGCUUUUCAAGACGAGGUGAAGGCCCGAAACAAGACCUGGCGCGACCUCUGCGCCUCCACGCCGACUGCCACCACUGCCGCCGGCUCUCCGUGCGUCGCCGUCGGACUCUUUGGUAUUUACGAAGUCGCCGCCGGGGUGCCUCUGGACUCGGUCGAAGCGUUUGAAGAUGCAUUCGAUGGUGCCCAGACAGGGAACGUGACGUUGAUGCAUUAUGCGGCAGCGUAUGUCCCCUCGUCCUUCUACACACCGGUGAGCCUGGUCUACGAUUCUCCUCUGCUCAAGAGGAAUCGCAAGGAGGCAGUCAAGGACGGAAGACCCCCCGUGUCAAACGGAGACACCAGACGAGAAAACGAAGGAGAUACCUCGGAGAAAACGAGAACCCAAGAGGGGACCGAGACACCCCACACCGACAGAGGAGGUGACACGAAGGGCCUGGCUGUAGACAGACGGAUGGCGAGUGCGCAAGGAGACAGGAAGCGGACAGUAGAGGCACCGGCCAACGUUCAUGCGCGCCAGAGAGAUGGUGGAAGUCAUAGGAAAGUCAGGACUCCUUUCGACUUUCGUUUGGCAUCAGCCGAUGCGCUUUUGUUCGUCUACGAACUCGACAGCUCCCGAGGCGACGCCGCCGACUUUGACGCUUGGGAAUCUGCGGCAUCCAGCUGGGCCGUCAGUGUGCGGAAGACGCGGGAAGAACGCAGGCGAGAGAAACAAACUGUGGGUCUGUUCCAGAAAGCAAAGCAGCGCGAAGAGAGUGGAUCCGAAGCGGAGGCGGAUCCCACAGAUCUGCGAGAAGCCUCCCAGAGACGGACGGCGAGGAACGGGCGAAGCAGUGAUUCGAACGGAGACACUGGGCUUAUCUCACUUCUAUCUCAAUUCAUGCCGUCACUUGCGUCAUCCACUUCUUUUGCCUCUACUUCUUCGUUUGAGGGUGGGUCGUCUUCUUCCCGCUUUACCGCGGGUGAGUCUGGCGUUCCGUGGUCGGUGCACGCCUUCAAUUCUCAAGUGGCUUCUCGCGAGAGUGUCUUUACAGUGGCGCGGGAGACGCCUUUGUUGUUGUACACGUUUGGGCUCGUGUCUCUGUUUCUGCUUCUCGUGUUUGGUCUUCUGGGACGACUUUCGCUUCGGGUCUGUCUGUGGCUAACUCUCGGCGCGCAUGUGGUGACUCUGUUUUCCGUCGCGGGCGGCUUCUGUCUCGCCCACCUGCUCUGGCGCUUGCCUGUCACGCCGCUCGCGCCUCUCGUGCUGCACCUGCUGCUGGGCUUCGUCUCGCAGUUCUCUCUCUCGACGCUUCUGCAGCUGCGGCGCGCCCGCGAGCGGGAGACGAAGAAACGUGACGCAAGCGACCAACACUCGCUCGCCCAUCAGAAACUUCAGAGAUCUCAGAGGUUUCAGCGGCCUCUGCAGCGCCAGGUCUUUGAGUCUCGUGGCUUCUGCGUGUCUCCGAGACACCACGAAGAAGAGCUAGUGAGUGACUGGAUGCCUGACCAAGGGAAGUUCCACGGCACCGAAGAGUUUUUGGGAGAAUCUGCGAGGGAUGUUGUGCGGUUUGAAACAGCUGGAGACGAAUCGCCCCACCCCUGCGCUUCGCCCCUCUUUCCAACCUCGCGGAAUCCCGGGUGUACUUACGCCGGAGUCGAGGGACCCCGGGCGUCGCUGGUGGCGCGGAUGUCGCUGCCGCUGCAGCUUCCGUCAGCGGCGUUUCCGACCAGUUUUCCUGCGUUUGUUCGGAACGAGGCACGGCGUCGUUCGUGUCCUUCUGGCGCUCGCGAGGACGGGUGCGUCCAAGAGACUGGCAGGCUCGAACGGGGGUCAGGGACUUCGCACUUUCGAAUACAUGCACUGCAUGCGACCAGCAGAACGCCUUGGCAGCAGCUGGUGCUGCGCAGCGACAGCAGACUCCGCAUGUUGCGACGAGUCAUCGCGGCCUCGUUCUCUGGACUUCUCCUCACCUCUCUCACGUGCGUCGCCGCGCUCCUCCUCACUUCGACGAUCGACUUGCCUGCUGUCGCCUUCUUCUCGCAGGCAGCCGCCUCCGCCGUCGUCGCGCUGUUCUUCUUCCAUAUCUUCUUCUUCUGUCCCCUUCUCGUGCGACUCGAACAGCCCUCGCUAGCUGUGGGCACUCCCGAGUCUUUCUCAGGUGUACGGACACUCCCGCCGGCUGUGCCCAGACCGCUGGACGCUCGCGAGGGAAGUGGGGAGGGACGAGGCCGAGGCGUUGAAAAAGGCGAGGCUCGCGAGGGCGCCUGGGGGCGAGACGCGGAAGAUGGAGAAGAAGGGCGACGAGCCCGUGGAGACAGACAGGCGAUGCCGAGUGCAGCGACCGCAGCAGAGGCAGAGGAGAGAGAACAGUCAUGCUGUUUGUCGAUUGGGCGGUCGACACAGAUUACAGGUGAAAGUGCAGACACGGCGCAUUUCGUUGCUGGGACAGUGCGGCAUGCGAGGGGAGGUAGGAGUGAGUGUGGUUUGGACUCCCAUGCCGUUGGCGACAGCGACAAAAGUGUUGGAGACAGACAGGACACGCUGUUUCGUGAACCGUGCUGCAGCGACGGCCCAAGAGAAUCCAUCUGUCCCAUCGAUGCAGACCUGUCUCCUCUUGGACCCGAAGGAAUGCCCCCGCCCCAGCCUGAAGGUGUCUCUAUCGCUUUCAAGAGUCGCCCUCUGCAUGUCGACACCACCCUUGUGUUUUCUACGAGUUCCGCGUCUCGCCGAGAGGCGGCGUUCCACGCAAGCGGAUUUGAUUAUUUCCACGAAAAUCCAAAUUCGGUCUCCUCUCCGCGUCCGGCCUCCUACCGGCUUUGUGGAUGCGGUGGACGAGGCAGGGAGCUCGGGAAGCCCGGGGGACACCCGGAGACACCUUUGAGCUCCAGAGACGCCGCCUCCGACUGCGUCUCCGCCGGGGUCGCGCCUCCACCGGCCUUUGUGAGCGGGACGGUCGUGGCGCGGCCUUUCCCAGAAGGCGCGAGGACGUGGGACGAGAGCACCGGCAAGGGCAGAGACGAAGAGUAUCGCCGAGAAAGUCGGCCAGGGGAGGGCAGCGCUCGGGAGAUUGAGCGGGAAGCCAUGCUGCACGCGCGACAGGCACAGAUCGUUGUGGGCGCAGGAGGAGAAGAAGAAGUGUUGAGCGAAGACUCUGAUGAUUUUUUUGCGCUCGCAAGGGAUGAUGAGGAGGCGGACCUGGGCUGCUCGCAGCCACACUUUUUCACAGAUCCAGACGGACACGCGACCAGGGAAAGAAAAAUUCAAAACAGACGAGACAUGCUGUUUUCAGGAAGUGGGCGUGUUUCUCACGAGGCCUCUCCGGCUCACAUGAUAGAAGAAGAAAACACACAAGAAUCACGUGGUUUUCAGAGAACGUGCUUAACUCCUAGAGGCUCUAAUGGCGGCAAAGAGGAGGAAAGAAGCGAGUACCGAACUCCGCGAAGCGACGGCACCACGAGUGGAGAGCUCCUGGUGUAUGUACACUCGAGGAGAGAAGAUGAAGGGAGAUAUCGGGAGGGUGAGAGAACCGGACGCUCCAGAGCGAGAGACGUCGGCAGACCAGAAGACCUGUUUGCAGACUCGAUACACGAACCAAGAGAAGAGACAAGUUCGUGUAACGCGGAACAUCGAAAUGUGCCCGGGGGUCGUUAUCUAGAAGCCAGCGCCACGCCAGAGGGGGAUCAAGCGGAGGAACCGCGGCGAAAGAAACCAAGACGGAAAGCGAACAAAGGAUUUCGCGUGUGGGACUUCUUCACAAGAAGAAGAAAUCGUCGCGUCGUGUUGGCCGCGUUCUUCUUAUUGACGGUGACAAGCGGUCUGCUGUCUAGGCAGCUGGGCACGUCCUUUGACCUCCUGACCUACCUGAGUCGUGACUCACCCCUUCUGUCCUUCUUCAAUGCCGUCGUGUUCUUCUGGCCAUCGGGACUCCCUUCGAAGCUUUACCUUUACCUGCCCGGCGAAGACGAGGUGCAAUACCACGACGUCAGACAGCGACGGAAAAUCAUCAGUUUCUUGGAAGAGCUCGAGACUCUACACGAAGUGCAGGGUCCGAUUCUUUCGUGGAUUACCGACUUGGAGGCGCACGUGAAUGGGACGAGUUCUGCAACUGCGCCUGGCCAUGUGCCUCCGAUGAUCACUCCCGAGUGUCCAUACAUCCCGCCAGAUUCCACACAGCCUGAGCCGUUUCCUUUUGAUGCUGCGAGAUUCACUUCACGCGUCCGCGAGUGGACGAAAGAUGGAGACGAUACUCUCUGCACCAUCAGUUCGCUUCGUCAGAACGAUACAAGCAAGACAGCCGGCGAGAAGGCGCCGUGGCUCCAGAACGUCAUCCCGCCGCGGUACGAUUCGGCCUAUAUUCGAUUUUCACAGAAUGACAGCCGCAUCGAGGCGAGUCGAGUCCUGCUCAUGGGACUUUACCGACCAGACGAUCCUCGCGCAAAUGUCGAGACGAAAAGAAAGUUGGAGACUUUGACGAAAGAGAAACUCGGAAUCGAGGGCGCCUUUGUGCACGCCGAUUGGUUUGAAGAAGCCGAACGCGAUGAGCGAAUCUACAGUAUGGUAGUCAAGCAGGUACUUAUCGUCACAUGCGGUCUCGGCGUCUUCAUUGCCUUUCUUCUGUCUCCCAUUGGAGGCCUGCUGGUUGCUGGGCUCCUGUUGACGAUAUCCCUUAUCGUGGCAAGCUGCCUGGUCGUCUUCGGCGCCUCGAUCGAUGUUAUUUCUCUGCUCGCUCUUUUCAUGUGCGUCACCUUCACGGUCGAGUACGGCACCCACAUUAUCUACCUUUUUCUGCACACUGGUGACAAGCACCAUCGCGUCGACUCGCGGGUCUCGUCGCUUGCCUGGGACGGGGAACACUGGCGAAGACAAUCGAGGUUACCAUCCUCCAAAAACACGACCGCUAGCCGCCGAGCUGCGAUCCGUGUCUGGAAGUGUGCGCGCAAGGGCCUUCCCAGCAUCGCAUUGUCAGCCACCGCCAGCUUCCUUGGAGUGUUUCUCUUAACAUUCGCCCACAGCUUUGCGUUCCGAGCCUUCUGUCUGCUGACCGGCCUCGUUCUUUUCUUAUCGGCAACGAUUGCAGCUGUCGUUGCUCCUGUGUUGCUCUAUUACCUCGAGCCUUUCUUGCCGUCCGUCUCGCGACAAGGAUGACAAGCAAGCGUUGGGGCUGUCCACUAAGGCAUACAGUGUCUGUGCUAAACGCUCAAAGAUUACUGGACGUGUCAGCUGAACAUCUAUUUGUUGAGACAUAUAUG